GCCGCUCCUCCCCCACCUCGUUCAGUUCUCAGCGUCCUGUAACCCCGCCCCCGGACCCAGGGUUUCCGGGCUCUUGGGUAUUUUAAGGCGCGAGCCACAGGGGUCGCCUGACUCCCAUCGCGUGGUGUUCGAGUUCUUGUUUUCUCUGCCAUCUGCUCUCCGGGCGCCAUCAACCAUGGGUCCCUGGACCCACUCCUUGCGCGCCGCCCUGCUGCUGGUGCUUUUGGGAGUCUGCACCGUGAGCUCCGACACUCCUGCCAACUGCACUUACCCUGACCUGCUGGGUACCUGGGUUUUCCAGGUGGGCCCUAGACAUCCCCGAAGUGACAUUAACUGCUCGGUAAUGGAACCAACAGAAGAAAAGGUAGUGAUACACCUGAAGAAGUUGGAUACUGCCUAUGAUGAAGUGGGCAAUUCUGGGUAUUUCACCCUCAUUUACAACCAAGGCUUUGAGAUUGUGUUGAAUGACUACAAGUGGUUUGCGUUUUUCAAGUAUGAAGUCAAAGGCAGCAAAGUCAUCAGUUACUGCCAUGAGACCAUGACGGGGUGGGUCCAUGAUGUCCUGGGCCGGAACUGGGCUUGCUUUGUUGGCAAGAAGAUGGCAAAUCACUCUGAGAAGGUUAAUGUGAAUGUGGCACACCUUGGAGGUCUCCAGGAAAAAUAUUCCGAAAGGCUCUACAGUCACAACCACAACUUUGUGAAGGCCAUCAAUUCUGUUCAGAAGUCUUGGACUGCAACCACCUAUGAGGAAUAUGAGAAACUGAGCAUACGAGAUCUGAUAAGGAGAAGUGGCCACAGCGGAAGGAUCCCAAGGCCCAAACCUGCCCCGAUAACUGAUGAAAUACAGCAACAAAUUUUAAGUUUGCCAGAAUCUUGGGACUGGAGAAACGUCCGUGGCAUCAAUUUUGUUAGCCCUGUUCGAAACCAAGAAUCUUGUGGAAGCUGCUACUCAUUUGCCUCUCUGGGUAUGCUAGAAGCAAGAAUUCGUAUAUUAACCAACAAUUCUCAGACCCCAAUCCUGAGUCCUCAGGAGGUUGUAUCUUGUAGCCCAUACGCCCAAGGUUGUGAUGGUGGAUUCCCAUACCUCAUUGCAGGAAAGUAUGCCCAAGAUUUUGGGGUGGUGGAAGAAAACUGCUUUCCCUACACAGCCACAGAUGCUCCAUGCAAACCAAAGGAAAACUGCCUCCGUUACUAUUCUUCGGAGUACUACUAUGUGGGUGGCUUCUAUGGUGGCUGCAAUGAAGCCCUGAUGAAGCUUGAGCUGGUCAAACACGGACCCAUGGCAGUUGCCUUUGAAGUCCACGAUGACUUCCUGCACUACCACAGUGGGAUCUACCACCACACUGGGCUGAGCGACCCUUUCAACCCCUUUGAGCUGACCAAUCAUGCUGUUCUGCUUGUGGGCUAUGGAAAAGAUCCAGUCACUGGGUUAGACUACUGGAUUGUCAAGAACAGCUGGGGCUCUCAAUGGGGUGAGAGAGGCUACUUCCGGAUCCGCAGAGGAGCUGAUGAAUGUGCAAUUGAGAGUAUAGCCAUGGCAGCCAUACCGAUUCCUAAAUUGUAGGACCUAGCUCCCAGUGUUCCAUACAGCUUUUUAUUACUCACAGAGUGAUUUAGUCACAGGCUGGAGACUUUUACAAAGCAAUAUCAGAAGCUUACCACUAGGUACCCUUAAAGAAUUUUGCCCUUAAGUUUAAAACAAUCCUUGAUUUUUUUUCUUUUAAUAUCCUCCCCAUCAAUCACCGAACUACUUUUCUUUUUAAAGUACUUAGUUAAGUAAUACUUUUCUGAGCAUUGGUUAGAUAUUGUCAAAUAUUUUUUGCUGGUCACCUAAAAUGCAGCCAGAUGUUUCAUUGUUAAAAAUCUAUAUAAAAGUGCAAGCUUCUUUUUUUUAAUUACAUAAAUCCCAUGAAUACAUGGCCAAAAUAGUUAUUUUUUUUAAAGACUUUAAAAUAAAUGAUGUAAUCGGUACUAUAGAAUUCCUACGUGUGUUUUCGAGAAUUUUGUCACUGACUUCUUCCCUUAGAAGCAUUUAUGUUCCAUGGAAGUACUUCAUUAUGGAGAAAAACAGUGCGAUUAUUUCAUGUAUAAAACAACUGAGGGAGAAGCGAAGAUUCAUCAGCUGCAAAAGUGCUUGCUGUGCAAGCAAGAAGACCUGAGGUCAGUCUUCAGUAUCUGUGUCAGAAAAACAAGACAGAUAAGCAGACACACUUGUAAUUCUAGCACUGGGGAGACAGAGACAGGUGGAUCCCUGGAGCUUACUGGUCAACCAUCAUAGUUAAGUGAACAAGUAUCACUUCGAUGAGUUACCUGUGUCAAAAUCAAGUUAGAUAGUGUUCCUGAGAAACUGUAGCCAGGGUUGACCUCUGACAUCUGACGUUCAUACAUGCUUGGGCUUCCAUAUACACAUGAACAUACACUUAAAUAAAUAAAACAAGACCGUUUAACUUUGUCAAGGAGUAUGGUCUGACAAUACCUAGUGAACCCCAAAAUUCAUUCAGGAAAUAAACAAGAGUUUUUACAAUA